GCUUCAAAUCAUGGAUGGAAAUGUAAAAAAGCAACCACUGAAGACAUCAGAAGAUGAGCAACAUCAAACAGAAACUGAAACACUGCUCACCAGACUUCACCUUCAAGACAAUUAUGAACACAAGUUGACAUCAGCAGAGUUUCUGAAAAUAGGUUUGUCUAUGAAACAGGACAGUAAUGAUACAACUGAGGAAGAUCUGGCUCAUACUUUUCUUCAUAGGUUAAUGAUGUUAGACUACAGAGUCAGAUAUAUGCCUGUAAAAGAGGACAACACUCAGAUGAUAAAUUCAGAGUUUGAUUCUGACAGUGACUUAGAUUCUCUUUUUAGGAGCAGUAUGGACUUGAAUCUCACAAAAAUGAGUACUAUACAUCCGAUGGACAUUCAGAUGGCAGUAUUUCACUGCUCAGACAGUUUUCUGAAGCAGAACAUGAUCACAAAACUAUCACAGUGUCAGUAUGCCUUACCUUUACUUGUUCCUGAUCCAGUCACUAUGGACAUCGUGUAUCCUCUGUGGACGUUCAGACAAAUCAAAAAAACAUGGAGGAAAACUGAAUCAAAAGAUGAAUCAAAGUUUGUCACCAUGAACUCUAUGCCAAUCUGUAAAGCUGAGACACCCAUGGUGUCAUUUUUCCGCCUGGGUUCACUGUCAGUGUCUAAAUCUCAGCUGAUGAACACUCUGAUCAAUGACCGUCACAACACCUUCUUCCACAGAGACUGUCCAGGCAGCACCAAAUCGCGCCAUCUGUUUGAUGGUGUAGCAGAGAUCGCCUGGUACUGCCCUGCUGGAAAACCCAACGAUGCCUUCAGUGACUGUGUUGCAUUCUGUAAUCUUCAUGGUGAUGCUCUGACAAGUGAAACACAGCGAAACAUCCUGAUGCAACAAUGUUCAGUCAAUGUUGUUCUUGUACCAACACUAGAUAAAAAACAUGGGAGUUUUGCAGUGAUUGCAGGACUUUUCAAGUCUGACAAGCCUCUCAUUCUUCUUACUGCUGAUAAUGACUCUGAUGUAGUUCUGAUGAAAAACAGAAAUUACAUAAUGGGCCUUAAAGACAGAAGCCUAUCAGAUGUUUCUGAAAAGCUAAAAAGAAUUAUUAGAAACAUUUUGUCUGGUCCACAUGAAUCAUUUCAGCUUGAAACCAUGGCCAAAGUCUGUGGAAUCCGAAUGGAUGAAGAUGAUGAGCUCUGUCAAAAGGGGAAGUCUGCUGCCAUGAAAAUACUGAACCUGGUUCAGGGGGUGGAUGUUUCAAAGAUCAAAGAUACAUUUCUUCCAUGUCAAGGCAAACUGUGGCAUGACUGGUGCAAAAUAAACAAAGGCCUGUAUCACCUUAAAGGAGAUCGCCUUGAGGAGGAGAAAUGUAAAAAGAAGAGAGAACUGGAGAAAAUACGAGGAAAUCAAUGCACUGUUUCCUGUAGUGAAGUGAUGAAGUCGUUCACUGAAAGCCUCUCAUCUUUACCUCCAACAGAGAGAGAGUAUUUCCUGAAAUGGACUAAGAUCUUAGUCAAUGCACUUGCCACAGAGGAUCUUUCUUCAAUUCUCCAAAACUAUCAUGAAAAGUGGUCAGAGGUUUUGUUAUUGAAGAAGAAACAUGACAAAUCUGAUCAGUUAAAACUCAAACAAACUGAACUUGAACAAAUAUCAUCAAAACUCCAGUCAGCAACAUUUGGUUUGGAACACAUCUUCAGAGAAAUGGGACAGAUCUAUGAAGCCCAUGAAUGUCUGCACAAACCAACACUGAAUAAACUGACUGACUGGUCUAAAUACCCGGAGCUGGCUGCUGACCUGAUGAUAUCAGGGUACCCAAUGGAGCUGAUGGAUGGAGAUGCAGGUCAUGUGCCUUUAACAUGGAUCUCAAGUCUUUUUGAUGAGGUCAUCAUGAAACUUGGAGACCAGAGGAUUUUUGUUUUGUCAGUUUUGGGCGUACAGAGCAGUGGAAAGUCUACGAUGCUGAAUGCCAUGUUUGGACUCCAGUUUGCUGUGAGUGCAGGCAGAUGCACCAGGGGUGCCUUCAUGCAGCUGGUCAAAGUAUCAGAUGAGAAGAAGAGAGACUUUCAGUUUGACUAUGUUCUUGUGGUGGACACUGAGGGACUGCGUGCUCUUGAGCUGGAGGGUAACUCCACCCUUCACCACGACAAUGAACUGGCAACAUUUAUUGUUGGCGUUGGAAACAUGACUUUGAUUAACAUCUUUGGAGAAAAUCCAGCUGGGAUGGAAGAUGUUCUGCAGAUUGUUGUUCAGGCUUUCAUGAGGAUGAAGAAAGUUAAACUUCUUCCACGUUGUGUGUUUGUUCAUCAGAAUGUCUCAGAUGUUGCAGCUGUAGAGAAAAACAUGGAUGGAAAGAGACGUCUGCAAGAAAAACUUGAUGAAAUGGCCCGACUAGCUGCUGAAGAAGAGGUUUUUGAAGCUGAGAGCUUCAAUGACGUCAUUUCAUUUGAUGUGAAAGAGGAUGUGAAAUACUUUGCUCAGCUGUGGGAGGGAAGUCCACCUAUGGCUCCUCCAAAUCCAGGGUACAGUGAGAGCAUCCAAGACCUGAAGAGCCUAAUCCUCUCCAAAGCUUCACCGUCUGUUGGAGUGACUCUCUCUGAGUUCAAAACCAAAGUUCAGGACCUCUGGAAUGCUCUGAUGAAUGAAAACUUUGUUUUCAGCUUCAAAAACACACGUGAAAUUGCAGUUUACAGAAAACUUGAGGUCCAGUAUGGGAACUGGAUCUGGGCCCUGAGGAGUGAAAUGUUGACCAUUGAAAACCAGUUGCAUAACAGAAUAGAAAAUGGAAAACAUGACCAGAUUGAGCUCAGUUAUCUUUACAAAGAAAUGAGCAAGAAAUAUGAAGAAGUUAAAACUGCAAUGACAUUUUACUUUGAGGAUGAUAAAGAUCAAGAAAUACUGGCUCAGUGGCGAGGACAGUUUGAAAUCAAAAUAAUUGGAUUUCAUGAUGAACAGGUGGGAAGACUCAAAAAAAAACUGGAUGAGGUUAUUCAACAGAAGAUAGCAUGUGAGAAGCUUGGUGAAAAGAAGACAAAGUUUGAGUAUGAGCUGCUGGAAAAGAGCAAAGAAUUCGCUCUCCAGUUAAAAGACAGAGCAAAAGAUGAAGAUGAAAUUAAACACCAGUUCAAUUGUGUUUGGAAAGACUGGGUUAGUGAAUUAACCAAAGACAUAAAACCUAUUGAGGACAUUGACCUGGAGAAUGAUCAACUUCUUGUUCUUCUGGAACUUGGUAUUGACUGGAAUCGUAUCUAUGAAUCACAAACAUCUGGCAGCUACAAAAAAAUAUCAGAGCGAGGAGAUUAUACUGGUUAUUUAAAACAACAACAAUACAAAAUCUCCAAAUCCCUUUGGGUAAAGAGGGGAUGUUUUCAACAUGACGACCAACAACUGAUCAGGGAUCUGAUCAACAGUGUUGAAAAACAGGCUAUAGAUGUAAUUAAGAGCAAACCUGUUAGAAGAAGAGGCUACAGUUUAACCUACUUGGAAGAAGUUGCCAAAACUGUAAAAGCAGAAGUGACAGAGUUUGAAUCCCAGUGGAGAUAUGUUCUGAAGAAGGAGUUCACCAUUGAUCUCUUAUUGUACGUGUUUGACAGAGCAGAAUCUUGGCUUUUAGAGUCUCACAAAACGUUCAAGAUGAAUAAUGAUGCACACAUGUAUUUAGAAAGUAAGAAAAGUGAAUAUUACUGCAUGUUCAGGAGCUUCUGCAAAGAAAAUUCAUCUGCUAUUGCGCUUAGAGAACUGAUCUGUGAAAAACUGAAAGGUUCUAUUGUUGAGGCCAUCUGCACUAAGACCGCCAUUGAUCUCGCUGAAGAGAUGAGGUGUAGUUUCCCAGCAUUCAGUGGGAACAGGCUGAACUUGGAGAAACAUGUGUUGAAGUCACUGGCAGAGAAAGAAAACUUUAACGAUUACAUCACCUACAUAAGGUAUCCAAGGAGAUAUGUUGAGAGUUUCAUAAAAAAUGAAGUGGACAAAUACAUCUACAUGGACCACAGAGAAAAAGCACAGAAUACACUCAAGAAAAAUGUUGACAACAUCAAUUACCUGAUAAAUAUGGCUUUAUUUGAUGCUACAGCCAAAGUCAAAGCCCAAGCAGGAGACAUAAACAUGUGGCUGAAGGAGUUUUCCAGUUUGCUGAAAGAUACGCUAAUGUUUGUCUCAGCUUCUUCACAAAACUUCAAUGAUGUGAAUGACUUUGACUUUCUAAAAGAAGAGACAGAGAAAGGCCUUGAACCCAUCAUUGGGGAGAUGAGGACCCUCUCUCUGGAUAAGAUGAAGGAAUUCAGGCUGAAGACUGAUCAGAUUCUCAUUGAUCAGCUUUGUGACUGCUGCUGGGAAACAUGUCCUUUCUGUGCAGCUGUUUGUACAAACACGGUGAAGGAUCACAGUCCUGACAAACACUGUGUCCCUUUUCAUCGAUCAACUGCAAUCAAUGGAAAACAUGACAGAAUCUCAAGAGAAAUGGACAUUGACUUUUGCACAACAAAUGUUGCAAGUGAUGCUUACUUUUAUCCUCGACAUGAUUCAGACAUGGUCAUUCCCUAUAAAAUAUUCCAAACAGCAGGACCCCCGUAUGAUACCUGGAUCAUCACGCCUGAUGAGUCUAAGCUGAAAUACUGGCAGUGGUUUGUUUGUAGGUUCAAAAACAAACUGGAACACCACUAUGACUUAAAGUUCAAGGGUCAUGGAGAAAUUCCCAGUUCCUGGAAUGAAAUCUCUAAAGACGAAGCAAUUAGAAGUCUGGAUGAAAUAAUCUAAGUGAACUGACACAAGUAAAUGUGUUUGAGAAUUAGGAUAAAAUUUACAUCUGAAAUAAAUGUUUACAAAGUACUAUUUAAUGACUUUAAAAGAUUUUAGUAUCGAGAGGUGAAUUAGGUGAAACCUAAUGUCUUCACAAAAGUGAAACUAUGAAACAAGAGAUGUCACUGUAGUUUGAGGGUGAAGGUUUAACAUAGUUCAAUUUUUAGUCAGAUGAGAGUUCACAUAAUAAAGAAAAUAAAAUUUUAGAGUGGUUGAGAAAUCCCCACUUUGAUGUACAGAAUUUUGUCUGGAUGAAAUGUAUGAAUGUAAAGGAAGAUGAGAUUUUUUCACAAUUUAUGUCGAUUAAAGAAAACAAUGAAUACAAGAGAUGUAAAGGUUUAA